UACCACCAAAACACGGUCCGGCGCUGAUCCGUAUGUGUGAAGCGAAUUCCCCCUUUUCCCUUUCGAUAUUUAGCAGGACACCGAGGCGGAGAAAUGUCGGAGUCUUCUCGUUUUCAUUCGCAGCUGGCCUCCAUCAUGGAGGCGCUGGCGAACGCCGCGGUGGCGGAGAUCUGCGAGCUGGUGGAUGACGGAUACGCCGUGCUGCGUCUGGAGAUCUCUCGGCGGGAGAAAGAAAAUGAGGGUUUACGGAGGAAGCUGCUCGCUCUGGAGUUGAGAGCGGCGCGAGAGAAGGCGCAGCGUGCCGGCAGCUGGGCGUGUGAGGAACGGAUUGAACCGCGUGCUGAACCCCAUUGCCGUGUGAAGCCAAGCCCCCGAUCACGGGCAACUGUUCGCAUUCAUGAGGAACCCCACACAUCUCCGCCAGUAACUCAAGUCCUUCAAGCGGAGCCAAAAGAGGAAUGUGAGGACGUUCUGAUUGUAGAGAGCGGAAGCUUCCAGGCACAGGACUGUGGUCGCUCUGCCACUGAUGGACAGGUCAUCCAGCCAAUAGGAAGAGAUGAACUGGAAGAGCAAAACCUGUUUGCACAGAGAAUAGAGGCUGUGGAACAGUCACCCCCUAACACACACUCACUCUCAGACGCCAUUACACAUGACACACACACUCCUGAUAACCACAGCCACACUCUCACACCCACGUGCUCUUACUCCAUGCCCUCUGAGCCUUUAUCAGCACACACUACUGCAGCAGAUGCACAUGUACCAGACACACCAUUUUCACUUCAUGGAACAGAACACGCUCCGCACAUGCACAACUCACAAACAGCCCUUCCUGUCCACGCCCCACUUCCGGUGAUCGCCACAGACACAGGGCCAGGAAGUCUGGGGGGUGGAAGUCUGUUUGUGUGUCCGUUCUGCGGGAAAUCGCUAGCAUCCCUGAAGAACCUGAAGAUCCAUGUACGUGUUCACACUGGGGAGAAGCCGUUCGCCUGUGCACAGUGUGGGAAACGUUUCUCGGACUCCAGCAACCUGAAACGGCACCAGAGUGUACACACGGGCGAGAGACGGUACAGAUGUUCUCACUGUGGGAAGGGCUUUGCCCAGUCAGGAUCGCUCAAAGUGCACCUCACCAUCCACACAGGGCAGCGGGGGGUCCGCUGUGCGGUGUGCGGCAAAACCUUUAUCUCAAACGCACAUCUCAGAAACCACAUGAGUCAUUCUCACACAGCAAAAUGAGAUGUCCAUUUAAAGGAGUACUUCAGAGUUUUUUUGUUUUUUUGUCAAUUGUGACCAGUAACUUUGCUACUGAUUUCAUUCCAUUGAUUUUUCAAAUGUUCUGUUUAAUUAAAUGUUCAAGAGGUGAACAAAGUCAUUCAGAGUGACAAUGUCAAAUGCUCUGUUCUAAAGAAACUUACCAAGUCAGAAUUAUUCACGGUGUUGGCCAUAGGAACCAAAUGUUUGCCUCUAAGCUUCCUCACAGAAAGUUAUUACAUCAAAUGGUCAUGACUAUACUGUCUGAUGCCGGUUUAAUAUUUUUCAGAAAAAUUUGGCCAAAAUAUUUUUUUCCUUUCUUUCUAAAAUGUAUUCAUGGUGGAAAGACACAGACACCUUUUUUUAUCAUAUUCUAGUUAGAACAUCUUUAGGUUCACUGGACGUAUUGGGUAGUAAAAACAAUUGCUAUAUUUUUGUUGUGCGCAGUACCUGGUUCCUGUUGGUAAGUUUCUCAUUGAUCUUUUCACAUGAAACCACUCUGAAUGACCUGUUUACAUCCCAACCAGUGAACUACAUAGACAUCUUUAGAAAAAUCUUUUAAUUGGAGUGUAUGCAUGCACUAGUUUAUGCAGUGGCCAAAGAUAUUUGACCUCUGUGCUCAACAAAUUUGACCAUCAGUGGCUACUGUGAGAAACUCCACAAGAAAACUAGACCCAAGAAUUUACAGAUUUACACACAUGCGCACACACACACAUUCACAUUUUUAAAGCCACUUACCCUUCUGGGUCUUAUCCACUUAUCCUAUUGGCAUUUAUUACAUUUUCUGUUUUGGACAUGAUCAUCCAUAAUAAUUGACCAAAGGCGACAGAUGUGGCAGAUUGAAAUUAGGUUGAAAAAGUUUUCUUUUAAGACUACUGGAUGUUGAAUAUGGAAUGCAAGAGAACAGCAUAUUAUUAGUAUAUGUAAAGUUUGUAUAAAAUGUAUAUAAGCAUAUCCAGUGCCUUUUCUGUAAAUGUUGUGUACAGAAAGUGAGAAAAAUACUAAUAUCUCUGUGUCAAUUCUCAACAUUGUAAACUUUAGUUUCUUUUUUGAAUCGUGUAUUUUUUUCAUAAAAUAUAUUGCAAGGUAAAUUAGGAUGGCAGUAAUUACUUAGGCCUGCACUGUCUGAAAGCUGAGAAAGCAAAAAAUGUUACAGUAAAUUUUUUUUUUUUUUUUUUUAGCAAUACCUCUUUCCGAAGCCUCAUUUCUAACGAGUUGCAUAAUUUACACAAUCUGUGCUCAUAGUUACUACUUACACAACUGCAUCAUAUUGUGCUCAUCAUAAGCUGGGAAGCAACUCGUGGGGGCAUUCCAACAACAAUCAUACUGAAGACAAUAGAAAACUGAUGGCUAUGAAAACGGUUUAUUAGUAAAAUUCCAUUCUGAGUUUCAUGACAAAUCACUUGGGAUGCACAGCCAAUAAAAAUGCAAACCCCUGUA